AUGGACAAGUCCACCUCACCAGGCGGCACCGCUGCCCCCUCCGUGGCCCCGAACCAGCCGGCCAACAAGACGAGCGCCGCCGCGCCGACGCUGAAUAAUGAGCUGGAGAUGGGCAACAUUGGCGGCGAUGCGCCGGCCGCCGAAAACGACAUUAUGCAGGUCGCCCGGGUGGGAGACGUACCGGCCAUGGAGAAGCUCUUUGAGUCGGGAGAAUACGAUGCGACAUACACUGACGAUGAAGGCAUCACACCCUUGCAUUGGGCCGCUAUAAACAAUCAGUUUGCCAUGUGCAAGUUCCUAAUCGACAACGGCGCCGAAAUCAACAAGAAAGGAGGAGAGUCCGUCGCGACACCCCUGCAGUGGGCCGCCCAACGAUGCCAUUACUACACCGUCAACCUCCUCCUCCAGCACGGAGCCGAUCCCCUCAUCACCGACGCCCAAGGUUACAACACCCUCCACAUCUCGACCUUCAACGGCAACACCCUCCUGCUCGUCCUCCUCCUCCACCAGGGCAUCCCCGUGGACGUGCUCGAUAGCUACGGGCACACGGCGCUGAUGUGGUCCGCCUACAAGGGCUUCCCGCAAUGCGUCGACCUCUUCCUCCGCUGGGGCGCCAGCGUACACACCACCGACGAGCAAGGUUUCACCGCGCUGCACUGGGCGUUGGUCAAAGGCUCUCCCGCCUGCAUACAGAAGCUGAUCGAGUACGGCGCCGACCGGUUCGCCAAGACGGAGACCGGCAAGACCCCGGCCGUGACGGCCAAGGAACUCAACACGGCCGGCGCGUGGCACAGAGCCCUGCAGGAGUGCGGCUACGACGAGGAUGGUCAACCCAUCGAGCCGCAGUUCCCCGGCGCGACCUUCCUCCGCCAGGAUAAGAGGGGGUUCGUCACCAGGUUCCUGUUCUUGUGGCCCUUCCUCCUCGUUUGGUCCAUGGUCACCAUUCUGGGGAGCUUACCAGUCUUUGCCGGCGUACUCUUCGCUGUGGCUGUCGGCUACGGACUGCAGUGGUGCGCCCAGCAGGUCAUUGAAUUUGCCCCGCCCGAUAUGCGACACUUCCACAAGACCCCCUGGUUGGCCGGAAUCUUUUCGGCUUCAGUGUUCUGGGUCGGCCUGAGAUGGCUGACCACUAUCAUGCCUGGCACAACCGGCUCAUCAGACGCUACAGGGUCGCACUGGUGGUUGAACCUGGUCUUCGGCACCUUCCUCGGGCUCUGCGCCUACUUCUACAGCGCCGCUAUGCGAUACGAUCCGGGAUUCGUGCCCAAGAUGAACGGCAUCGCCGAGCAAAAGGCCGUCAUCGACGAGCUCCUGAAGGAGUGGAAAUUCGACGAGACGAACUUUUGCGUUACGUGCAUGAUCCGGACACCCCUCCGCAGCAAGCACUGCAGGCGGUGUCAGAAGUGUGUCGCAAAGCAUGAUCACCACUGCCCUUGGGUCUACAACUGCGUUGGUGUCAAUAACCACCGCCAUUUCUUCUUGUACCUCAUCAGCUUGACGUUGGGCAUCAUCUCCUACGACUUCCUCGUCUACUACUACUACUCCAACAUCUCUGACAAGGCUUCAGACAGCUGCAACUUCCUUAGCCCUGGGCUUUGCAGGGUUGUCAACGCCGACGGCUAUACAGCAAUUCUCACUGUCUGGGUUACUCUCCAGCUUACGUGGGUCGGUAUGCUUCUUUUCGUGCAGUUUGUACAAGUCUCUCGAGCGAUGACAACCUACGAGAACAUGUUUGGUAUCCAAGAUGGCUCCCUCACCUCCGCCUUCACAUCGACCGGUACGCCCCUGGACCCGAACCACCCGUCCCUGACGCCUCCCGAAGGAGCUGGCGGCCAUGGGCAUGCCCACGGUCACAAGCACAAGGGCGGCCGUCUCCAGCAGUGGGCUCGCCUCCUAGGCGUCGACCCCUUCAUCGAGACCAUCCGUGGCCGCGGCGCCGCGACCCAGAACAAGAAGAGGAAGAAGAACCCCUACUCCAACGGCUGCAUGGCCAACUGCCGCGACUUCUGGUGCGACCCGGCGCCCAUGUUUGGCCAGCGCGAGAACGGCUCUGCCAUCUUGAGCGGCGAGCCCGUCAACUACGCGGCCAUGUAUGAGAGCCCGAGCCUGAUGAACAUGAACAGAGGGCGGAGGAGAACGGGCGGUUACGAAGCUGUCGCGGCCGAAGAUGUGUAG